UUCGGACGUCAGUUAUGUGCGACACAGCGUGCUGAAGGACAAGCAGAAUCGAGUGGAGGCACGAAAUAACUUCAGACAGAGCUGAAAGCCAGAUCAAUGAUUAUCGGGGAAAAAAGCAGGCUUUCCUCUGGAGAUUGUCAUCAUGGCGGUGGCAUCUUUAUCCCGAGCUCUGCGCUCCCUGUCCCUCUCCUGGCCGGCUCUAUUACCAACCCAGACAGCAGGACAAAUGGUGCUCCGGGCCCAGACCAGCUCCAUGUUUCUAACCUGCUCUGGGUGGAGAGGCUUCCUGACUACAUCCUGUCUGGAGCAGAACAGAAACGCAUGGAAACAGAGGGAGAAAUACACCGUUAGACCUAUAGGCAUGAAGAAGACUGGAGGCAGAGAUCACUCAGGCAGGGUUCGUACACAUGGCAUUGGAGGAGGCCAUAAACAGAGAUACCGUUGGAUAGACUUCCAACGUCUCCGCUAUGAACCAGGCAGAGAGGAGCAGACCUUCGAGGAGAGGGUGAUGGAGGUCCGGUAUGACCCCUGCAGAUCUGCAGAAAUAGCUCUGGUGGCAGGAGGCAAGAGGAAGCGUUGGAUUAUUGCUACAGAGAACAUGCAAGUUGGAGACCUCAUUAAAACCUCUGGGACUAUCGGCCGCAUGGCAGUUUCGGCUAAAGAAGGAGACUCGUUCCCCCUGGGAGCUCUUCCUGUUGGAACUCUGGUCAACAACCUUGAACUGUAUCCUGGGAAAGGAGCCACCUACAUCCGUGCUGCAGGUACAAGUGGAGUGUUACUUCGUAAAGUCAGCGGAACAGCGAUUGUACAGCUACCAUCUAAACAGCAGAUUCAGGUGAUUGAGACAUGCAUGGCCACAGUGGGAAGGGUGUCCAACAUCGAUCACAACAAACGGAUCAUUGGUAAAGCUGGCAGGAACCGUUGGCUCGGCAUCCGGCCCUCCAGCGGCUUGUGGAAGAGGAAAGGUGGCUGGGCCGGACGCAAGAUUAAACCACUUCCCCCCAUGAAGAGUUAUAUUAACCUGCCUUUAGUGUCUGCCAACUAAAUGUGCUAAACUCUGUAUGCAACAGGACAUUGCAGGAGACGCCACCUCUUCUUUUUAGAUCGUUCAGAGGCAGUGAUGUUAAUGGACAGAGCUGUCAGUGAUUUCAAUUAUGUAGUCUUGUGACAAUGUUUUGGUCUGUUAUGUGUUAGUAUAAUUUAAUUAUGCCAAUGUGCUUUCAUCAAUUGAAAGCCCUUCAUCUAUUUUAUGACAAUUUGUAAGAUUUCUUGUUUGCAUAAAAUAGACGCAGACCAGUCUUUAAAUAAUAGGUAAUAGAAUUUAUUCUCGGAGCGCGCUCCCACUCAAAACACAUGCCUCAGUUUAAAUACAGAUCAUGACGUCAUUUCACUGUCUUAAACGAACCCCCCCCCCCCCCCUCUCGACAGGACAAAGUAAGGUGAAGAGUUCAUUCUACCUUACUAACACACUCCCAGAUAACUUUUGACUCCUCAACAUUAUCGAUCACCACUGAACUGACAGGUUUAAUUAACAGAAACCCUAGGAAUGCACUCACUGCCUAAUCUAAAAACCACAGAGCUACGUUUCAGGUUGGGUCAACCAUAGGCUAACGACCAUGUGUUUACACAGUCCACAACCCAGUUCCUGCCCAGUUGGAAAUGGUUUUAUUACUCCUUUCUCCUGUCACAUUUCUUCUUAUGAACUCAUAGUCUAUUAAACAUACAGAGUAUAAGUUUACCUAGACACAAUUCUAUUUAAAACGGGGAUAUUGUUUAUCCAUAAUAUAUUCAACAAUCCACCCUGAAAAUGACUAAACAAUUCAUACUUUCAUUAAACACUAAAAGAAAACUUCAAUGAUAUCCUAAGAAUAAGACAAACCAAUACUCAUAUGUACAUAAUCAACGCCCAUGACUGUUUUAACCUACAUCAGAAUCUUCAUUCUACUUAUCAGGAUUUUCUGUUAAUCUUCAUGAAAAAACAGUCUAUACAUUGAAACAAGAAAACAUCUACAUUUCCUAAACAUCAAAUUUGGUCUCGCGAGUGAAAGGAUCCGGAUUCUUCUAUUACGUCCAAGCAAUGUAUUUUGUAUUCCACUGGUCAGAGCUUAGGAUUGGUCCAUAUAUCUCCAUCUGAAGUGUCAUCAAUUUCUCCAGAGUCCUGGAAAUGAUAACUUUCAUACACUCAAUCAACCACGUCCGUACAAAACUAACACAGUCACACAGGUGAAUAUAGUCCAUAACACAGCGAUCAUAACAUUUUUCCAUCUUCCAGACACACAGUCAACCCAAUUUAGUCAGAGAAGUAUCCACCCCUGAGUUUAUUUCCAACUUGUGAACUAGGGUGUGUAAACCAGACAAGGCCUUGGUCACUGGUCCAUCCUAACUGUAUAUCCUGGAGUCAAACUACCUAUACACCCCACCCUCUUCAGCCAGCAAACAUCCAAGACUAUUCUAUUCUGCCAAGUCAUUCAUUACAUCUCUAAAAUAAUUGGUGAAGCGCUGUGGAUUUUUAAUAGAUAUAAUUGAUCCAAUCCACAUUCUCAUUGAGAGUGGACCAAAAAAACAAAUCUUGACUCUAAUCCUGCCAGGAUCUAAUUUAUAGCUUUGAUCUCAUCUGCCACCCUUGGAACCACAAUGUUAUUAAUAGAAACCCUAUCAUCAAAAGACCCA